GUCGUAUUCGUUUCCGCCGAAAUGAAAGCGGGGGGCGCCUCGGGGGAUCAUUGCCGCGAGGAACCCGAGAGGAAACUCCACCAAUAAAUCAUCGUCUGCGCCUCGUCUUCCGGCGGGGUCCAACCGUCCAAGAGCCCAGAAAAGAAGGAAAUUUUUGAAAAGAAUCGUCCUGAUCAUCUCCUUCGGCACCGGCGUCGGCAAUUGAAAAUCUGUUGAGCCCUCGUGGUGCCCAAUCCAACAUCCAUACUGUCCAUACCUCGUUUCUACCCCGCGGAACGUCUCUCCCGAACAGCAUCAAGAAGCAACCUCGCAUCAUGCCUCUCCCUCAGAUCCUCGUCGGCAAAGUAGCUGCCAUUACCGGUGGUCUCACUGGUAUCGGUCGGGCAAUCGCCAUAGAAUAUCUCCGCCACGGCGCAAAAGUCGCCAUCAACCACCUGGGUGGUCCCAAGGAGGACUCUCUCCUCGCAGCCUUGCAGAAGGAUGUGUCCGACAUCGUUGGCGGAGACGGAACCAAGUUCAUCGCAGUGCCCGGUGAUGUGACGCAGCCAGAGACCGGACGGGAGUUCAUAGCCAAGACCGUCGAGGCGUUUGGACGCCUGGACGUCUUUGUGAGCAAUGCGGGAGUGUGCAAGUUUGAAGAAUUCCUAGAGGUUGACCCGCCGCUUCUCGGGCACACCAUCUCGACCAACCUCUCCGGUGCCUUCUACGCGACGCAAGCGGCCGCGCGACAGAUGGCGUUGGCGCAGUCGCCGCCGGGCGGCUCGAUCAUCGGGAUCAGUUCGAUCUCCGCGCUGGUGGGCGGCGGGCAGCAGACGCACUACACGCCCACCAAGGCCGGGGUUCUCAGCCUGAUGCAGUCGUGCGCCGUCGCGCUGGGCAAGCACGGGAUUCGCUGCAAUGCGCUCCUGCCGGGCACGAUCCGGACACAGCUGAACGACGAGGAUAUGAGCGACCCCGAGAAGCGGACGUACAUGGAGGGAAGAAUCCCGCUGGGGCGACUGGGCCAGCCCCCCGAUCUGGCGGGCCCGGCGGUGUUUUUGGCCUGCGAGGAAUUGAGCAGUUACGUGACGGGCGCGCAGAUACUGGUGGAUGGAGGUCUGUUUGUAAAUCUUCAGUGA